AUGGAGUUUAUGUCUGUGGACCCUGUUGGCACUGUAGGAGGGCUCCUUUGCAUUUGGGAUCCGGAUGUUUUCCAACUAUCUGGGAGCUGCUACAACAGGAGGUUUAUUCUUCUCUCAAGUACACUCUACAAUUCUUUUGAUUGUGUUCUUCUAAAUGUGUAUGUACCUAAUGAUCAAAAACUCAAGCACCUUAAGGUGGAAUUAAAGGUAUGGAAUACUGAAGUGUUUGGUAAUAUUACCACUAAACUCGAUGCUACAGAGGAGGAAUUGCAUGCCUUAGACAGAAUUGCAGAGGAAAGGGUACUGCAUCAAUCAGAAAUGGCUCGAAAAAGAGAAGCAAGAUAUGAAGUGUGGAAACUCUAUAUAAGUGUGGAAUGGUUAUGGCAUCAACAAUCCAAAAUGAACUGGUCUCUGCAUGGUGACAAAAAUACUAGAUUCUUUCAUGCUGUUGCAAGUACCAGACAUAAUUGGAACAUGAUAAAUUCCAUCUCAGUAAAUGGUGUGUCCUUGGAGGAACCUAGUAGAGUUAAACAUGAGGUCUUCCUUCAUUUCAAGAAACACUUCAAGGAAAGCUGGGUUAAUAGGCCUGUGUUGGGAGGGGAAUUCAAAUUAAUUGAGGGCACUAUCUCCUACCAUCUUGUAUCAGAUUUCACUAAAGCAGAGGUAUGGGCUGCCAUUAAAGAGAGUAAUAGUAACAAGGCUCCUGGCCCAGAUGGGUUUAACCUCCUAUGCUAUCAGAAGUUUUGGAGAAUAAUGAAACAGGAGAUCAUGCAAUUCUUCUAA